AAUUACUGACAAGACGAAAAAAAAUAUUUGUGUAAAGGAAUGUAAUCGAUUAAGUUAGCCGUCGCUUGGUAUAAUUUUCUUUUGAUUUUCGUGGGUGCUUCGAAUAAAAUUGCCAUUUUCUGUGCUCAAUCUGCGUACAUAAUAAAUUGCCAAGAACAAUGGACAAUCGGUACAUUUCAUGUGUAUUGAUUUUGUCAUUGUUUAGUUUUACUAAUGGUGAAUUAUUAUCGAUGUCACUUGGUCGCGUAAAUGUGAACGAAUGGUUUUCGAAAAAAAUCGAACCAAAAAUGUUUAAUCUAACGCUAGAACAACCCGACCAAUUUGAAUACAGAUUUUCUUUGAAAAACUACCCAGAUCUACCGUCAUGGAUGCGUUUCAUGUACUCUACCGAAUAUAAUUCUGGAUUUCUCUAUGGCACUGCUCCAGAAGAGUUAAGUGGUCAAGAUAUUCUAUUGGAUGUGAUUGCACUGAAUAAACUGACCUAUAACAUUCAACAUUCGGUGCUUUCUCUACAUAUUACACGUAAGACAUCGUAUGCAGUCAAUACCGUACAAAUGAAAAUUGAUAAUUUGAACUGGGUGCACUUAACUCAACCGGGACGUGUUGAAAACUUGAAAAAUAUUUUCCGUCUUGAUUUGUGGCCGGAAAGUAAAAAUGAUUUACACAUUUCAUUCAUGGAAUCAGCAAUCAAAAUGGGUGGUCGCGUACCAAUUCAACCACAACAAAAAGAAGGCAUUUUCGUACAUUUAUCAUCACACACUGCAUUUUCACAACGUUUGAUUGACUUGCAAGAGGAAGUGAAGCCAUUAUACAAAAUCUCAACAUGUACCUACAAACGAACUUCAGUUCAAACGAUAUUCGAAAAUGCUGGAUUUAAAUUGGAUUGGUGUGCAUUUCAUAUUGUUAACGAUGACAGUAAAAUCAAGAAAUCUCAUCAGAUCGAACAUAAGCCAUUGCGUCAAGAAGAACCAUUAUGGGAUUCAAUGUCUAUGUACGAGAUUCCGCAAAGGACAUACAUUGAUGAGUUUGCAUUUUCUAUCGCAUUACCCGGUGUUCUCUUGGCAAUACUAGUAGCAAUACUGUCCGUUGUUCUAUGCUUUCAACACGAAAAAUUGUUUGAUCCACAAUCUGAACUAUAUUUUUAUCAUGUUUUUGACAUUGUUUUUGAUUACUUGAGCAUUCAAAGACCAAAUGGAGCUGGACAUACCGUGCAAGUGGUAAUGCAACAAAAUCAUCCUACAACUAGUUUGAAAAGUUUAAAAGAUAUUAAUGCACUGGUGGACAACAUAAGUUUGACUUCAAAUAGUCCAAAUAAUAGCUUAUAUCGGGCAAAUAAGGCAGCAGCAAGUACCCUUAGACCAAAACCACCACCAUAUAAACCGAAAAAUUUACAUUAUAAUAGCGCUCACAUUUAACAACUCGACGACUUUUCAAAACCUAAAAACACAUCAUCAUAUCGUAAUCAAAUAUAUUCAAUAGAAUCGUACACUAUAAAGUCUAAUAAAAUUGGGCAAACUAACGGACAGUCAAUAGAAAAAAUAAACUGUUGAAGAAAUAUAGUUAUAAUAUGUCUAGCAAUAAAAGUAUAACGCACAAA